AUGAUAAUAGACGAAAAAGUCAUCAUGUUCCCCCCUCCCCCACCCUACCUCUCCUCAACACUCACCCUAAACCCUCCUCCUCCCUUCUCACCAACAGCACUCCCCCCACCCAAACCCACACUCACCUCUUUCCCACCACACAUCCUCCUUCAAAUCGUCUACUCCUCCUUCCCCCAAUCACCAGGUGUAGACCAAGGAAAACUAGAAAGACAACGCAAAACCCUCUUCUGGCUCGCGGGGUCCCUGCGUCUGGUCAACAGAGCAUUCUACAUCGCAUGCAUGCACGUCCUCCGAUCGACCUAUUUACCCCUCUACCAAUCCCUCAUACGCACACCAUACUCCUCCGACCCAUUCCCAAGCACGUCCCCAUCCCCGCCCACCUCAACACCGACACCACCCCUCCAAACAAUCCAACGCGAAACACCCAUCCUCGACCGCUUCAUAGCGCUCAAAGUCCGUGAAGACGUCUUCGUAGACGAUUCAGAGCUCCAUCUAGAAAGAGAAGACAUGUUCAGAGAUUUAUUUGACUUAAGCCAACCGAGAUCGAGGUUAGAAGACCUCGUGAGGACUUAUGGGGUACGCGAAGGCGUAAUCACACUCGCUCCGCCGGGGCAAUACGUCCCUUCCUCCUCUUCCUCUUCCUCCUCCUACUCCUCAACCUCGACCUCCUCAAGCACACUCACCACAACACCCUCCCCACCCACCCCUCCCCGCCCCUCAUCAUCAUUCUUCUGGUCCUUCAAAAAGACCCCCCAACCCCUCCCCCUCCCCCCUACACCCCCAACAAAAAAAAUAACACCACUCCCCUUUUCUACGCUCUCCGUGUCAUUUAACAUCCGCAAGGUCGGGUUGGUACAGCAGAUGAGUUCUGAGGGGGGUAGGAAGAGGACGAUUGUGGAGGUACGGAGGGAGGGGAGGGAGGAGAGGUUGGAGGUGGCGGCGAAGAGGAUUGUUAGGGAGUUGAGGGGGGUGCUUAGUGCGUGA